GAACAUCCUCCAUUAACGAGCUUUCCUCUCGCCGAUUUGUGUACAGGGAGAUCAAAGCAGGACGAAGAACGUACUCCCGUUCUUUUUGCCACUCAUUUUUUGACUCAUAUUUACUAACUGGAUUUUUUAGCUAAGAGGAAAUCAUACAGGGAUGUCGGAGGAUUUGAUGAAACAGCUCAGCAGCUACAAAGCUCAGCUGCAGCAAGUAGAGGUUGCUCUAUCGACCGACCAAGAUAAUGAAGACCUACAAAAACUCCAGAAAGAUUUACAGGAAGUCAUCGAUUUGACAAAAGACCUCCUGACCUCACAGCCCGCUGAGGCAGCCUCAAGUAAAGAGGGCACAGACAUAGUCCCCCAGAAACAAAGCUGGAGCGUGGGGGACAGGUGUUUGGCUGUGUGGAAUCAGGAUGGACAGGUGUAUGAGGCCGAGAUUGAGGAGAUAGACCGGGAAAAUGGAACUGCGGCCGUGACGUUCUCUGGAUACGGGAACGCCGAGGUGAUCCCUCUGGUGAACCUCAAAGAACCAGAGGAGGGGAGGCGCUCCGAUGAGGAUGGAAAGCCCAAAUCAAAGAAAGAGAAAAUAGCUGAGCAGAGAGAGUAUAAGAAGAAGAAAGCCCAGAAGAAGGUGCUGAGGAUGAAGGAGUUGGAGCAAGAGAGGGAGGUACAGAAGUCAAAGUGGCAACAGUUCAACAACAAAGCCUACUCAAAGAACAAGAAAGGACAGGUCAAGAGGAGCAUAUUUGCAUCUCCAGAAAGCGUAAAUGGAAAGGUUGGAGUGGGAACGUGCGGCAUUGCCGACAAACCUAUGACCCAGUACCACGACACGUCAAAGUACAACGUUAGACAUUUAAUGCCACAAUGACCAAACACGCUCACAUGUACAUAAAAAAAUCCACUGUAUACAGGCCGUAUCAGUGCUUUCCAUUGUGUUUAUACAUGAUUUAAGUUUCCCGGGUAAAAAAAAAUUUUAAUUGCUCGCACACCAUUGUUUGAGAUCUUGAUGUAGUUUUUCUUAUAUAUAUUGUGUAGGUGAAACAAACACGAGUGUUUUCCCCUGCACUAGAACCAGGUCACAUGUUAUAUAAGAACAUGAAGUGAUGAUGUUUAGGAAAAGCCAAAAAGUUUGGGUACAGGUUCAAACCAAGGCCAGUCGCCUGCUCAGAUGUGCUGGAUUUCACACGUUGACCAGUUCUUGGUGUAUCUGAACAUUAAUAAUGAUGGUGUUGUACAUAUAUAUAACAGUGAAAUAAACAUUGUUUUGUUUUCA